AUGCAGAGAAUACGGAGGGAAGAUUACCUCAGGAAGUGUAAAAAUCGAGACGACUUCGUUUACGCCCACGUGCGGGAUAUAUUAUCCCACCAGCCCUUCGACGAAAUUCUGCCAACGAUUGCCCCAUUCGGCUACACCUCGCGCACUCUUUUUCUUUUCUUCCCCCCAAAGCUAGAAUACCAAAAUGGGGAUGUUUACAUCGGCACGACGAAGAACAGGAAGCGGCACGGCUAUGGCUACUACGUCUACAAGGAGAUUGGGAGCGUCUAUCAGGGCGAAUGGAUCGAAAACGCGAAAAGCGGCUACGGGACGUUGUAUAACUCGUGGGGAAUUGUCUACUCAGGCGAAUGGCUGAACAACAUCUCCCACGGGUUUGGAUGCACCUACGCGAAUGAGCAGCUCUUCCUGGGGACGUACAAAUUCGGACUGAUAAAUGGAGUGGGCAUAUUAAAAAAAAACACCAGUUAUAACUUUUGCUUGUUCGAGUCGAAUAGGAAAAAAUGCAAAAUAAAAAUUACCAAAAAUAUGGAGGUAUUUCUUCACUGUUACAAAAAGGAUAAACUUUUUUUGAAGGAAAAAUUGGGCGCCUUUUUCCCCCUGUACGCGGACAGCAGCAUCUCACGUUUGGUGCGCCAGCAAAUUUUUCGCCACCUCUUCGGCGUAGACAAGUCGUUUGGGCAGUUUUUUGCCAAGGGGGGGAGAAGCGAGCGUCCAAAUGGAGGCAUAGGUGGAGGCAUAAAUGGAGGCGCAAGUGGAGGCUUCCUAAGCUACGUAAACUACGAAUCGAGGAUAAACUUUCUGAAGGGGCUAAUUAGCAAAGGGGCGAAAGGAGGAAGAGGGGAGGAGACACACCCUGACGGUAGUGUGGGCAGCACGGAUGACUCAGUUUGGAAUUCCCCCUCCAAGGGGGAGACCAACCAGCGCAAUGGCUGUAAUGUUUUUCCAUUUGGUGAGGAUAAGGACCCACGGGGGGAUUUCCCCUCGAGGGAGGCAGCAAAACGUUCAACAAGGCAUCAAACAAGUAAUGAGGGGAGAAGUCCCCUCUUUGUGGAGGCCUCCAUCAGGGGUGCAAGCCGUUUGUAUAACUCAAAUGAUUUUUUCAAGUGCAUUCCUCACCUUACAUCGACGCAUCUUCUUUAUAAGUCCGACGAGGAGAGCGGCAGCGAGUUUUGCCCGGACGUGACUCCCUCCAGUGCCUCUUCCCUCGAACGACACUUUAAAGUGAAGCAAAAAGUAACGGCGGCGAUAACGGCGGCGAUUCGCCCCGUUUUCCACUCAAACAGGGGUGCAAGCGAAAAGAGGAUAAUAACACAGAGGAGACAGCGGAAAGGAAGGAGGUCCAAACUGUAUAAGCUACUUGUGGGUGGGGGGCCCAAAGGAGAAGGUGCCUUAUCGAAUGAUCCCAGUGAGUGGACUGCAGAGUGUAGGGGUGCCCAGUGGGGUAGCGUCCAUUCGACAGGGAAAGCGGCACUUGUUCGGAGCACACUCCGCGGAAAGGCCGUCGCGGGGCGGGGAAAGGAAAUGCCGCGGGUGCAAAGGCGGAGCCACAGGGCGAAAAAACCGCCAUCACCGCCAUCACCGCCAUCACCGCCAUCACCGCUAACACGGCCAACCGCCAUGCGCCUGCUAACCUACCUGCAGCGGAAAAACGAGAAGAACCAAAUCGAGUGCAUUUACCACUGGAGGAGCUACCACAUAUUUGUUCUCCUGCGCCUGUUCGGCCUGCACAAGUACAUUGCGGCCUUCAAGGGCAACCACAUUAGCGGCUUCCACUUUUUCACGCUCAACCGAAACAUGCUGAAGAUGCUGGGCGUAGACAAGCAUGAGCAUAUGUACUUUCUACUGAAUUUUGUAAACGCCUUUAGCAGUCUACAUGACAUGUAUCUGCAGAUGCUCGUCCCCUGGGGGAACAUAACUGGGGAUGCACUGCUAACCUUCAGCUCUCUGCCCAAAUCUGAGCUGGUUGUGCUCAGUCGGUUGGGAAGACACAGCCCUGGGGAGGGGGCAUCAUACCUGUGUUACUAUGCAAAUGCACCUGUGAGGCUGAAAAUGUUUUCGGGGAAGGAGGGACAAAGGGGCCAAUCUGGCAGGGAAGCGCCAUGUGAUAAGCCGGAUGAUGCCGCACCAAAUGGGGACUCCAGCACAGUUAGGAAUGAAGAAGGGAGUGCUUCUCCCUGUGGUGAUGGAACCUCCGAAGGGAUGCACUCCCACUUGGGUAAUCCCCUCCUGAGCGCCGCACACAAGUUUCUGUUGGACGAGCAGCAGCUUAGCAACAUAGGGGAGAGCAUCUUGGACGGGUGGGGCAGCAUCAGAAGUAACCUGGCCAGUUUGGAGGCGCACGAGGUGUUUAGGCGGUUGAAGGGGGGGGGCCUCCCCCCCAGGGCCCAAGCGGAGGGAAACCACCAAAGGGGGGGAAGUGUAAAGCAGGACGCGAAGGAGGAUGUCGCGAAGGAGGACGAUGCACAAAGGCAAGACGCACAAAGGCAAGACGCCCAUGACGAAGCGGCCACCCUGGUGGAGAGGAUCCAACGAAGAACCGCCUUCAUGAAGGAGCACUUCGUCCUCUCGAAUUUGAGGCACCCCAAUGUGAUCAAAUACAUAGGCAACGUUAUAAGCAGGAAGAAGGAAAAGUUCGGUUUGGUGUUCGAGUGCCUCAGGGGGAUGUGCCUCCACGAUGCGAUUCGCGAUGCGAUCCGCGGUGGAUGUGAUGCGCAGCGGGGGCAGAGGCAAACGUGUGGAGCGGAGGGGCGAAGUGGGGCAGGUAGGAAGGCCCUAACGAACGAGAGCGUUAUCCGCCUUUUCUACGAAAUCGCGGCUGCCUUAUUUUACCUGCACAGCAAGCGCGUCGUGCAUGGGAAUAUAAGCAGCAAAAAUAUAUUCGUGUCUGAAGACGGGGGAGGCGUCAAGCUGUGCAACUUUGAGAAGGCCUCCAUAGAGAGUUACUACGAUUAUAAGUUGAGCGCCUCGGGGGGGGCUCGCCUCGACGGACCGAAUGAGCGGUGGUGCCGCUGCUGCCGCUUCUACCCCUGGGGAGAGGCCGAGAAAGGGGGAAUCCCAAACGGGCACUCAAAUCGUGUCAGGAGCAAACGGAUCGGGGGCUGCACCCCCCCGGAGGGAGAGAAAAUGAAUUUGCCCCUUCCGUACAUAACCUGCAUGAAUGAAGUUAAAAAUAUAAAGGCCAUGGUGACCUCUCCUUUGUUGCUCUUCCAAGCCAAAAAAUUUGAGAAGCGAACUGUCCGUUGCGAUGACCCCUAUGCUGCUCCAGAGGUGUUAAGAGAAGAAGAAUGUACCGCCAAAUGUGACGUCUACGCAUUUGGGGUUGUUAUGCACGAAGUUCUGUUUGGUGGGCCUCCCCUGAUGAGCGAGUUCAUGCCAUCCUUCUUUUGGACGUCCACUUGCUUUCACCAGAAAUACCUACACAUCGAUGUGGACAAAUUGCAUGGGAGGUUCCCUAAUAGGAAGCUCUUCCACUUGGUGGUGAGCAACGUCUUGCUGGUCAUGCGCCAGUGCCUGAGCCCGGAACCCACUUGCAGGCCCGAUUCGGCCUACCUGUGCAGGCACUUCGGGCGCCUGCUCGACCGCUCGGCAGGGCAUAGUAGCCCAUAG